AUGGCGAUGUCAAUGAAUAUCUAUAUUGAUCUGACGGAGCCUGUGAAGAGUUGUCAGCGAUGCAAAAGCGUACUGGAUGAAGCAUACAUGUUGAAAUCUUGCCGAUGCGUGAUUUGUUCUGAUUGCAACAGGACCUACCCUGGUCAAUGCCACUACCGACACCACACUCCUGCGCAACAAGUAUCUCUUCCUGUCUUCGGCUCGGCGUGUUGUAUGAUCUGUUUGUCUGAUGACGAUUUGAACGGUUUGAAGCCAACACUCAGACUUGCUUGUGGCCAUACUCUUUGCAUUAUUUGCUUGAUAAAGCAUGAGUCGAUGCACACAAAGGGAACGGCAUUUUGUCCAUACCGAUGUCAACCUGUUGAUGAUUGUGGAAAGUGUGAUGAACGUGACGGGAUUCGUUGCCGCGUCUUACUCCGCGUUCACGAUCUAGGUCAGAUUAGGAACGAUUAG